AUGGAGAAAGGUGAAGCAAUCUUCCACAUCCCACCCAUUACUUACGGCUUUGAGCAUGCGGCCCAGGGCUUCAUUGGUCUGUACCUACACGGGGGUUCCACCGGACCGUUCCCAACCGGCCCGGAUUUUAUGCAGGGAUGGGGCUCCUCCGGACCGCAGGGGCCUUACAGGCCCCUAUCUCCAGGGGGGCAUAACCUCGGGAGUGUGCUCGUUGAUGCCGGCAGUGAGAGGCCCGGACAGGAUAUAAAUUCUCCGGGGAGAUGGCAACAACGUGGCAAUGUCACAUUUGAUCUCUCUCCGUCAUCCGAGAGACAGAGAAGAACCACGAAUCCGGCCAAAAGCAUGGCGCAACCCAGCAAACCCACCAAUAGCUACACACAAGGCCACUCCAACUACACGGUGGCAACGCACCUGACGCGCACGGCCGAGUCGGACGCCGCGUUCCUGCUCCCGCACAUCAAGACGACGGACCACAUCCUCGACGUGGGCUGCGGGCCGGGCACCAUCACGACGGGGCUGGCCAAGUACGCCAGCGAAGGCGCAACGGUGGGGGUGGACAUGUCGGGCGAGGUGCUGGCGAAAGCCAAAGCCGUGGCCGCGGAGGCGAACGUGCCCAGCUCGGGGCCGGGGUCGGUGGCGUUCCAGGAAGCCAACGUGCUGGAAGGGCUGCCCUUUGCGGACGACGCGUUCGACGUCGUCUUUGCGUCCCAGGUGCUCGGGCACAUGACGCCGCGGGACGUGGCGCGGCGGGCGCUGCGCGAGAUGCGCCGCGUGCUCAAGCCCGGCGGCGUGCUGGCCACGCGCGACGGCGCCGAGCAGCACUUCUACCCGCGCGCCUCGGACCUCGACCGCCUGUGGGUGGGCAACUCGGCGCGCGCGCUGCGCAAGGGCGCCCCGGCGGCCGACGACACGUUCGAAUCGACCGCCACGAGCAUGCCGGCGCUGCUGCGCAGCGUGGGCUUCGACCCGGAUGCCGGCAAGGUCCGCAUCGGCGCCGGGAGCGUGGUCUUCGCGGGCCCCGAGACGAGGAAGUGGUUGGCCUGGCGCGCCGUCGGCCAGCUGACGCAGGGCGACCCGUUCCACCAGAGCUGGCGGGACGCCGGCAUCACCGAGGACGAGAUCCAGCAGACCCUGCAGGCCGUCCAGAAAUGGGCCGAUACGGAAGAUGCCUGGUUCGCCGCGCUCCAGUGCGAGAUGCUUGCGUGGAAGUAGGUGCGCUGGGCCGGUUUCGAGACGCGCGGGAGGCUAAAUCAUCGGUGGUCGACCUAACACAUCGUGGAUGCCAUAGCCCUUAUACGAACCCCAAUAUAUGCCCAUACUAUACCCGGAAUUAAUGAGUUGCUGAUUGAAACA